UUUUUUUUUCAAAACCCAAUGCUAAAAACUGAAACGCGAUUGACUCCUCAUUUUGUUCUCUCCUCAUUCGCUUCUGUUCUCUGUCUAACCUCCAUUCCAAUUUCAAGCCGACCAGCCCAGACUCCUCCAUUCAGCCGCAGACCGGAAUACGCCAGUCCCAGCCGGAAGCCACCGCCUACCACCACCCAAAUCUGUGAUAGAAGAUGAUGACCAGUAGGAGGAGUUUGAUGGGUGGUUGUUGCAAACUCUUCUUGUUGACACGGAAUCACUUUCCCAUAUCUAGAUCCAGACCCACAACAUUAACAUCAAACUCUUUCACCACUUGGAUUCCCAAGUUUCCUGAUAUUAAUUCUCCAGAUUUACAAAAUCUCUUGUUUCGAAUGGGUUCAUCACGAUUUUAUUCAUCUGAAUCAAGCAAUAACCCUUAUCCAGUUCCAAACCUACACCUAGACAUGAAGAGGAAGCUUCAGGAAAAGGAGGAUAGUGAGAUGAUGAAGCAUCAGGAGAUUGAAGGCCCCACUGUGGAAAGGGAUCUCUCGGCUCUAGCGAACGAAACCAGGGAGGUGAUCCACUCUCUGCUGAAGACUAUGUACGAUGUGAGCAGCCUUCUUGCUUUGCUGGGUUUGGCUCAUUUAGCCUUGGGUGCCUACUUCUUAAACUGUAAAUACCCAUCCUUUAUGAUAAUCACCAUCAGUGCUCUAGCAUUUGGCUUUCCUUUCUCCAUGGCCUUUAUGCUUAGGCAAUCCUUGAAAUCCAUGCAUUUCUUCCUCAAGAUGGAGCAAAGUGCUCGCCUUCAGAUUUUGACCACUACUAUGCAGAUCUCCAAGCACCUACGUCUCUUCUUCCUCCGUCUUCGCCCUCUUUCUUUCUUGUCUCUUGCUGGUUUGUCCUUCACUUUUCUGUACGCUCUCUUCUCUUCUUCUCAUUAAAUGAAUCUUGCUUUCAACAUUUGUCACAAUAUACUGCUAUUUACAUAUGUUUACAUAUUAACUCAAUUACAACUUGUUUACAUAUGUGUUGUUUCUUCUGCUAAUGUUAUUACUUCUGAAUUCUGAUUCAUAAUUUACUGCUGUUAUAAGAGCUACUUAUCCGAUC